AUGCAAGUCCUGUAGAGCUCCAAACAACUAGUACCUAUACGGCAUUGUGAGGGGAAAUUGAUCUCGAGGAUUACGGAUUCUGAGUCUCCACUUCUCAAUGAUCUUCUAGUCCAAGAUCACGCUCCUGGCAGACACUGAGGUUUCUUGGAGAGGUAAACAAUAUGCCGGCCGCAAUAGUUUCCCAUGGAGAUUCACCUGAAUUUGAAGGAAAGGUCACAGUUUAUGUCAUAAUAUGUGUGAUCAUCUCUGCUUUUGGAGGCUUGAUGUUUGGAUAUGACAUUGGAAUUUCAGGCGGAGUAACAUCCAUGGAUGACUUCUUGAUAAAGUUUUUCCCAGCUGUAUAUGAAAGGAAGCAGCAUGCCCUGGAAAACAAUUACUGUAAAUAUGACAACCAAUAUUUACAAUUGUUCACCUCCUCUUUGUACAUUGCUGCUCUUGUAGCCAGUUUUGCAGCUUCAAAGGUUUGCACCAAAUUCGGCCGGAAACCAACUAUGACUGUAGCUUCUUUCUUCUUCAUAGCCGGUGUCAUCUUGACUUGCGUCUCUGUAAAUAUUGAGAUGGUGAUAGUUGGUAGAGUUCUUCUUGGUUGUGGCAUUGGAUUUGCUAACCAAGCAGUGCCACUGUUCUUGUCAGAGAUUGCUCCGGCGAAGCUGCGUGGAGCCCUUAACAUUUCUUUCCAACUCUUUGUCACCAUUGGAAUUCUAAUCGCCAACUUAGUUAACUACUUCACAUCAAAGAUCCAUCCUCAUGGAUGGAGAGUUUCACUAGGUCUUGCAGGUGUUCCAGCUAUCAUUCUCUGCAUAGGUUCCUUAGCCAUAUGUGAGACCCCAACAAGCCUUAUUGAGCGGAAGAAGGUCGAGGAAGGCCGAACCGUUUUGAAGAGAAUUAGAGGAGUGGAAAAUGUAGAUUUGGAGUUUGAUUCAAUUGUUCAGGCAAGUGAGAUUGCCAGGCAAGUCACACAACCAUUCAAGAAGCUAAUGAAGCCAGCAAGCAGACCCCCACUUGUGAUUGCUAUUUUGUUGCAAGUCUUCCAGCAAUUCACUGGAAUCAAUGCCAUUAUGUUCUAUGCUCCUGUUUUAUUCCAGACUGUUGGAUUUGGAAGUGAUGCUUCCUUGCUUUCCUCUGUUAUUACUGGUGGUGUGAACGUUUUAAGCACAUUGGUUUCUGUCUACGCCGUCGAUAAAGCUGGCCGGAGGUUCUUGCUUCUUGAAGCCUGUGUUCAGAUGUUCAUAACCCAGACUGUCAUUGGGGUGCUCCUACAAUUGCACUUGACAGCAACCGGCUCAUUAGGAAAAGCGGAGGCAAUGGUUGUGGUGAUCCUGGUGUGUGUUUAUGUGAUGGCCUUUGCCUGGUCAUGGGGACCUCUUGGCUGGUUGAUUCCAAGUGAAACAUUCCCUCUCGAAACUCGCUCAGCCGGGUUUGCCUGCGCUGUGAGUGCCAACAUGCUCUUCACCUUCAUAAUUGCGCAAGGCUUCUUGUCAAUGUUGUGCACAAUGCAAGCGGGGAUCUUCUUCUUCUUCGCUGCGUGGAUCCUGGUGAUGGGAUUGUUCGCCCUCUUUCUGCUGCCAGAGACAAAGGGCGUGCCAGUCGACGCGAUGGUUGACAGAGUGUGGAAGCAACAUUGGUUCUGGAAGAGAUUUUUUACUGAAGAAGAAGUGGUUGCCAAGAAAAAUCCUGAUGUGGUUCAUCCACACAUGACAUAGAUAGACACACUGAGUAGUUGAAGAGUUUAUACAUAUUGUUUGUAAUUAGGCAGCAAUUAAAUCUGUCGAUAGACCAGGAUGUUGCAACUGAUGCUAUUCCUGAAGUUUUUCAAGGUUGAAAAGGAAAACCUUGAACGAAAGGCAUUGACUCUAAUAUAUAGUUAAACAAUAAAAAAGGGGAAUGAAAUCAUUCAGCA